UUCAUUAUCAAUUGUGUCUGUGCAGUGCGAUGUCCAUCAACGCUGAUCGUGUCACUGACAACCUUCGCAUGGAAUGUUCAAUAUGUCACCGGUCUUUCACAAAGCCGAAAGCACUACCCUGCUUACACACGUUUUGUGAAGAGUGUCUGAGAUCAUAUAUUGCCAGCAAUCCGGAUUCAGAACAUGCCCGCGGUGGAGUACCCUGUCCAGCAUGUAGACAGCCUAUUUACAUUCCAGCUGGCGGUGUUUCGGAAUUACCAGACAAUCCACUGGCUUUGAUGAUAACUCAUAACUUUAUUGGUCAAGACACAGGGGAACUUCCGCCCAGCUACCAGACACUUUUCGGGGAAAAGGCUUUCGACCCAGAGGCCAGUGAUGUUAGCUUUGUUGACAACCCGAGCGUUGCGAAAUUAGUUCAUUCCUUUGGAUCACAUGGAUCAAAUGAAGAGCAGUGUACGUUUUUGUCUGGAUUGGCAAUCAAUGAAAUUACCAACGAAAUCGUAGUCACUGACUGUUCCCUAAAUAAGGUCACUAUCUUCUCGCUCAAAGGUCAAUUCAAACGUAGUUUUGUGUGUAAUUGCUCAAUAAGGGAUGUAUGUGUCACAGCACAGGGGACGUUGUUGUUGUCAGUUAGCAGAUCAGGAUCAGCACUUCUUCGAGAAUAUCAUUCGGAUGGAAGAUUGGUGGGUGUAUAUGGAUCACACUAUCAUUAUGAAAAUCCAUAUGGAGUAGCUAUGGAUUCCAUGCAAAGAGUCGUCGUCACCAGCCUCGAGAAAAACAUGAUACAUUUGCUCACCGAACAGAAGCGACCAUCUAUAAAUUUUGGUUCAAAAGGUUCGGGUCCUAAUCAUUUCUUUCAGCCUUAUUACGUCACUGUGAACGGGAGGGAUGAUGUCGUUGUUUCUGACUCGGGAAAUCAUAGGAUUAAGGUUCAUGGUUUAAAUGGCCAAUUGAAAUUGAUUGUUGGUGGUCAAGGCCACAGAGAAGGCCAGUUCUUCUAUCCUUUGGGUUUGUGUGUGGAUAAAUGGGACAACAUAUAUGUAGCCGACUCGAAUAAUUACAGAGUGCAGUCCAGAAUGUUGGAGGUGGUAUAUCAUUUUGAACGUGAGCCAAGAACAAAUAAUGUGAAGGUCGCUCGUUCUUAUCUAUUUUGAAACAAAGUACGACUGCUUAAAACAAGGACAUUCAACUUAUUUACGUCUGUGAGGGAUCGGCUGAUUAAAGUACGAAACGAUUAGACCAGAUAUUUCUUGUAGUAAUGGGAUAUUCAAAUGUAAUCACCAAGAAUCAUGUUCCUGAAUCUCUGCUAUAGUUUGCAUAUUUCGAGAGUGUUAGUAUGCUAAUUCUUAGUAAGGAUGUAAUUAUAGUGAGCGCGUAUGAACAUAUUCAGUAACAUUAGAAUCUUGAAACUUUAGCAUCUGCGUUUUCGAAGAGGGGUUGUAUUGUUUUUGUUGUUGUAUGUUAAUUUGUUUUUACUUUACCUUUUGAAAGAGAGUGUCACUUUAAAUAACACAACACAUCAUUACCAUAAUUUUAUAUAAUUGUAACCAUUAAAUGAAAUGGCUUUCUGAAUAAUUAUGAAUAAUACAUUGAAAUUUUUUAUUAGAUCUAAUAGCAGAUUGUUAGACUAGCUUAUCCAGUGUGUACAUGAUGCGUUAAUGCAUUUAUUAUGUAAAUGUCUAACGAAAGUCGUGGGUUGUGCGGUGUCUAUCUAGAUUUCCAUUAAAAAUCAAAUAUUGAUCGCUGUUAAAAGCACAAUCCAGAUCUUUCACAUGUAUCUCAAAUGAAGUAAGAAAAGGGACUUAACGUCCAACUGUUCUGCACCGACUGGGCUAAUGAAGACGGGGAUACGCCAUACAGUGUGCUAUGAGGAGAAGUUUGUCGGGACAUCGGCACUCUCUUUUCUUGCAACACUGACAAGCGGGAACAACACUGAAAAAUCCCGAUCGACUUUCUCUGCUCACACAUGGAUCGAAUACGGGGCCUCCGGGUUAGCGAGCUAACGUCUUAUUUACUGAGCCACCACUGCUCCUACGCAUGUAUCUCAAUACAUACUAAAUAGGUAUAUACUGUUAUAAGGUAAUCAAGCACAUUAAGAAUCUGAAUUAUUAUUACUUUAUUUAUCUAAAACACAAAGAUGGAUGUGCAAAAUCAAUAGAAAAUCAGUUCAAUUUUAAAUGGCCAGGACUCUAUGACUACUCUCAGUUUUGGAAACCUGUGCCUGAUGCUUUUGAUAUGUGUCAAUAAAAUAUGAUUUAACCGAAACUGAAGUUAACAAUUGAUAGAUUUUAAUAAUGUUUUAAACAAUAAUGUUUUUCAAUAAAAGUACUUUUGAUGGUUUUGGUCUUACAAUCUUUAUUUAUCAUUUAUUUCAUUUAUUUCUUCAUGUAAUAUUUACACAUACAAUAACCAAGUUGAACUGUGCAAUAUCACCUGAAAUGAUAUUAUUAUUAUUGAUAAAUAUUAAGCCCGUGAUGUUGGCAGGUUUUCUGAAAGGUAGAAGUUUAAUAAACCUUUCCCUCCGAGACGUUUUUGGAAUGUUAUGAAAUACAAGAGUCUCUGUGUUAAUGUUAUUAAAGACAUUUCAUAUACAUUAGAUCAAUAAAAUAAAACUGUUUAUGUUACAAUUUAUCGUUAAUAUAUUCAUUUUAUUUUGAUAAUAUAUUUUUCACAAUUAUUAAUGUUAUUAUAUAUAUAAAAAAAGGCGCCAUAAUUUAAUUAUAUGUAUUUUUUGUACAUUAUUGUAUGUGCGUUGUACCAUGUUAUUUUGUUAUUGCUCAAAAUUAUUUUGUAAUCUUGUUUCUGUGGGUAAAACCUGCAUAUAUUCUCUUUUUUCUUUAUGAAAUAAAACACCUUGACCUAUA